AGCGCAAGGGGGCACAUGCUUGCUCCCACGCAUCCUUCCUGCAUGGUCUGAUCGGCUCUGGGACGCUGCCCCUGCCGCCCCUGCCCCAGCCUGGUCCUGUUCACUCGCCUUCCCAGGCAGAGGCAGAUCUGCGGGUCGGACCCCUUGGCCAGAAGCAGCCCAUCCCGUCCCUCCUUCCCUCCCUCCCUCCCUCCCAGGCGCUGUCAGUUUGAGGGCAGAUGUCUCAAGCUCCUGGCUGGUCAGAGGAAAGGAGGGUGGGAUGGGAUCCUCCUCCUAUAUAGGGCUUGAGCUGAGCAGUGGUGAUGGGAUCCACUGGGUCACAUCAGACAAGCAGCUCCCUGGCACCUAGGACUGCACCUUCUCACUCAAGUGGGACUGGGAGGUUUGAAAGAACAGGAAUCUGUAUGGCACGCAAGGAUCGGGCUUUCAAAAUGGAAUUCCGGUUUGCCCUCCUUUUCGUAGGGAUAAUUGCCUUUUCUGACUCGGCGAGAGGUCCCCCCAGAAUUGCUGAUAAGGUGAUCCAUCGGCAAUCAGUACGAUUAGGCAGAACCAUCAAGCUCCUGUGCCCGGUGGAAGGUGACCCACCCCCUCUCACCAUGUGGAUGAAGGAUGGGCGGACGAUCCACAGUGGCUGGACGCGGUUCCGAGUCCUGCAACAAGGGCUGAAGAUCAAGGAGGUGGAAAGUGAUGAUGCGGGGACAUACAUCUGCAAGGCCACCAACGGCUUUGGCAGCAUGAAUGUGAACUACACACUCAUUGUGAUUGAUGAUGCCAGCUCAGGAAAGGACAGCCAGGUACCUGAAGGCUCCAAUGGAGAAUAUGAAGACCAUUCUGGAAAGCAGUGGGCCCGGCCCAGGUUCACACAACCGGCCAAGAUGAGGCGGAGAGUGAUCGCACGUCCUGUUGGGAGCUCUGUCCGCCUGAAAUGUGUUGCCAGUGGGAACCCACGACCUGACAUUACCUGGCUGAAGGACAAUAAGCCCCUCACCCCGCAGGAGAUUGGGGAGAACAAGAAAAAGAAAUGGACAUUAAAUUUGAAGAACUUGAAGCCGGAGGACAGUGGCAAAUACACGUGCCGAGUGUUCAACAGAGUUGGGGAAAUUAAUGCAACGUACAAAGUUGAAGUAAUCCAGAGGACAAGGUCCAAGCCCAUCCUCACGGGAACGCAUCCCGUGAACACCACAGUGGAUUAUGGUGGGACCACCUCGUUCCAGUGCAAGGUCCGCAGCGACGUCAAGCCUGUCAUCCAGUGGCUGAAGAGGGUAGAGUAUGGCACUGAGAACAAGUACAAUUCCACCAUCGAUGUCGGGGGCCAGAAGUUUGUCGUGCUGCCCACUGGGGAGGUCUGGUCCCGUCCCGAUGGCUCCUACUUAAACAAACUGAUGAUAACACGAGCCAAGGAAGAGGAUGCUGGCAUGUACAUCUGCCUGGGGGCAAACACAAUGGGAUACAGCUUUCGCAGUGCUUUCCUCACAGUGUUACCAGAUCCUAAGCCACCCAGCGCACCUGUUGCUCCUUCUUCUGCCAGCAGCCUCCCAUGGCCAGUAAUCAUUGGGAUACCUGCUGGAGCAGUCUUCAUCUUCGGGACAAUCCUCCUGUGGCUGUGUCAAACCAAGAAGAAGCCAUGCUCUCCCCCAGCUGCAGCCCCAGUGCACAGACCCCAGCCCAGAGACAGGAUCUGUGUCCCCCAGGUUCCCGAUAAAGACUGCAUCUCCUCCAUAAACUAUGAGGAAUAUGUAGCUCAGCAGCAGCAUUUGCUGUCUCAAGGACCUGCACUGGCCCCAGCCAUGGCAUCAAAAAUGUACCCAAAGAUUUACACGGACAUCCACACUCACACUCACUCACACGUGGAAGGUAAAGUUCAUCAGCAUCAGCACAUUCAUUACCAGUGUUAAAGGGCCAUCCUGUUCAGUAGCUACCUUGUGCUUUUUUUCUCUCGGUACCUCAAAAGAGACUGCUUCAAGUCAGCUUAAACUGCCAGCAAAAAAAGCAAAGCAGAAAAGAUAUAUAUAUAAAUAUAAAUAUAUAUAAAUAUCUAUAUUAAAAAAAAAUAGAGAGCGAAAGAGAUACCUAUUACAAUUAGGAUGUAAAUGAGGAAUAAUGAAGGAAUUCCCAAUCUCAGCACAGAAGCAGCCAUGAAAAACAACAAAACCUUCUUGUAUUUUUAAGUCAAGAUGGCAACAGAUAAGGCAGGAAACUGUGACAUGAAACUUCCCCUCCUCUGUUGCAAUGCCAAAAGGGAGAAGAAGAAAAGGAGACCGCAACACUAUUCCAGCUUGACAUCAGUCUUCCUGCCUCUGCCACAUACCACCUGUUUUUUGGUGCUAGGCUUAUCAGACUUUUUACUCAUGGGAACGUACAGAAGAGCCUUUUUACCUCAGCGUGACUGAAGCUAGAAAAUACCUGAGGUCGAGUGCCAAAGCACCAGGAGACACAAUCAAGUGGCUUCUUCUGAAAGAACAAAAUAGAGCAAGAGUCUUUGGAGAAUACGUUGAUAUUUAAGAUGUGAAACACCAAAUGCUUUUCAGCCACAGUCAUUUUCCCCAGCAGUCAGUGAUAACUGAGCUAGCCAUUUCUGCAAAUCAAAGGUAUUGUGUUUUCCCCUCCGGGGUAUUUCUCACAAUGUUUUAACCUGCUCACCUCGUCCCAAUGCUAAACUUUACUGCCACUGCCAGGAAAACAAAGAAGGAAAGACAUUGUACAGAACAUCUUUAUAUUUAUAUUUAAGAAAUAAUAAUAAUAAUUAAUAAUAAUAAUUGAACUGUUGAAGGUCAAGAAAGCCAACCAUGCUGCCCUUCUCUGAUGCCGAUAGCUGUGAUUUUCAGUCUGAUGCUUGUGGCUUACAGUGACAAGCUACCGGAUUAAUUACGUCAAUGCAAAAUACAUGGAUAAAUAACAAAGAAAAAGAGAGGAAAAAAAGUAAGAAAAUAAAAACUGUUUUGGGAAAGAAUGCAUUUGCUAAAUAUGCACCUAGGAUUGUGUGUGUUUUUCCCCCCAGAUAAUGUUUUGCAGUUCAUCCAAACAACCUAACUUCAGUACCGUUCAAAUAACAACAGCAACAAACCAGAAAGGAAAAAUAAAUCAAAGGACCAUACUAAAUGUCUAUAUGGACUAGAAAUAAAUUCAAGCGCAAAUAUAAAACUUUUGUAAUUCUAUAUAGAGUUUAAACAGAAGUCAUGUAUAUUUAAUUUAUUUUGUUAAACAAGAAAAAAAUGUAUGAUAUUUUCCUCAAAACAGGCAUUUCUAUACAUAUUUUUGAUCCAAAUAAAGAUAAUUGGUUUUUUCCAGGUUCUUAUAGGUGCCAUGCUCCAAAUAGAAACAAUGUAGCAUGCAACAGUACUUUAUUUAAUCAAUUUGAAAGUCAUAUAUUUAUAUGCAUUUUUGCAAUAGCCAUGUGUAAUUUUCUAGCAGCAUCUCUGGCAUGGUGGGUGCCACUACUUCCAUUCAAAACUCUUCUGCCAUUUAAACCUAGGCCAGAAAGGCUUGUUGGGAACAGAUCAUUCUCUCUGCCCACCUUGUCUUCCGUCUCCUAGUAGCAAUCACCUGAGCCUGUAAGAACUUUUGUUUCACUUUUAUCAUUUACUUUAAAAAGUGGCUUGAUUCAUUUUUUUAACCACAGACCAGUGAUAGACUUAAUUCUAAUUCUAAUAGAGUCCAUUCUAAUCCUAGCUUUGAAAAGUAAUGUGAAGCUUCACUAGAGAUGUACGUUCAUACGCUGAACUUCUGUCUCUGAAUGUUUUGGGAGAAAAUGUUCCAGCCAAAUUCUGUUAUUCAUAAAAGCAGCUAUUAAACAUAAAAUAUUCAGUA